AUGUUCUCCGUGGACAAAAGCCAACGAAACAGUCAAGGUCGGAAUGUAAGGAUCAUGGUGGCAGUCGAUUUUGGAACUACCUUCACAUCGGUUGCAUAUUCUAGUACUAGCAGUCCCGAGCGGCAUAAGCUAUUGAACAAAUGGGGAGAUGGAGGCCAUGAGACACGAAACAGUGUCCCGACGGUUCUCCGAUAUGACAACGGUGGUACUACAGGCGCAUAUGUCUGGGGCUUCCGGGCCAAGCAAUUAGUCAAUCGUGGCGAGAAGAUUCAUGAGUGGUUCAAGCUGGGCCUUUGCAAUGAUUUUGAGAAGCGCCGUGCUAGAGAGUCGGAGCUUAUGAGGAAGUAUCAGAGUUCGGCUGCUAUACAGCCUGUAAGGUGCAAAGAGUGCGAGACCCUUGUCGUCAAUUUCCUCAGCAGCAUCAAGGAAUCUGUAGACAAAUUCUUUGAUGAAACCUACCAAGAUAUGCACCGGGUUCCCAGAGACUACAUCAUUACAAUCCCCGCACUUUGGGAUCAUGCUGAACAAGAAAAGACACGGCAGUGCGCUGAAAGGGCUGGCAUGGGCGAAGGAAGUCAGCUUCAGGUAAUAUCAGAGCCCGAGGCCGCGAGUAUAUACGCUAUCCACACUAGGUUCUUGUUGCAGGUCAACGAGACCUUUGUCCUAUGCGAUGCUGGCGGGGGCACUGUUGACCUUUCUUCUCAUACUAUUGAGUCGUUGUCAAUGAGCCCCUUCCACUGCAAACUUGCCGAAGCUGCAGCAGGUUCUGGGGGUCUUUGUGGCAGCAGUUUCCUGAAUAGAAUCUUCGAAAAAUACCUCCAAAGAAAGUUCAAGGACUACCCCGAAUGGGAACCAUCUUUCACCAUCGAUGCUUUGAAUGAGUUUGAGGAAAGGACCAAGCGCGACUUCACUGGAGAGGGCAACGAAGAGUACAAUAUCAGAAUACCGGGCCUAGUGUUAAGCGAACGCCACGGAAUCUACAACAGGAAUGUUCUGACCCUAACCACUCGUGAGCUCCGAAAGAAUAUCUUUGAUGAGGUUGUAUUCAAGGUUCAAGGCCUUGUACGAGACCAGAUUGCUAACACUAAUGGGACUGUGAAGGCUGUGCUUCUCGCUGGCGGAUUUGGGCAGAAUCACUACCUUCAGAAAAAGUUGAAAGAGAUAGACAUUGUCGUCAAAGAUAAAAUCAGGGUUGAGCAGAUUGAUAACUGCGACACGGCUAUCGCACGUGGUGCCUUGAUCGCCGGCCUGGCUGGGAUGGGCAGAACAAACGAAUAUACAGAUGACGGGGGCUUCAAUGCUUUGCCUACUGCCAUUAAAGUGGGAUCUAGGAUCGCUGGUAGGCAUUAUGGCACGGUUGCCUACCAAGACUUCGAAGAAGGCGUAGACCCCGAAGACAGAAAGGUAAUUCGAGAUGAUGGGGCCAAGAUCGAGAGAAUCCAAUGGUUUGUCAAUACGGGCGACCGCAUCUUGGACGGCCAACCAAUGUCAUUUAAGUUCUGCAAAGUGGCCAAAGUGAGGCCUGGAACUCCGGCUCACACGGCCUGUUUUGUAGCCAUUAAGAUAUACACGAGUGAAAAGAAGAUUCCCGUGGACUACAAAGAGCACGAUACUGUUUGGAAGAUUGCCGAAUUUGAAUUUGACCUCCGCGGUCUCGUCAUUCCGACAAUAUGGGUUAAUGGAACAGAGUUCUACAGUGCCUAUUUUUCCAUUGAGAUGACUUUACAUGCUGCCAGCUUGUCAUUCUGUGCAGUAUACGGUAAAGGCACACCUGACGCCAAAAGAUUUCCGGCGAAACAAGUUCAGUUUCUCUAA